AUGCAUUCCGAAGUGGGCGACGACAUCGACGACGAGACGCAGGACGAGACAUUCAGGACGACCAAGCCAUUCAAGACCAAGCUCGACUUGCGUACUACGCCCCCUCGGGAGGCCAAACGCCCCAACAGCACGUCUUCCACUACUUCAAGUACCACCGGGUCCCAGCAUCCUGAUCCUGUAGUCGCCCCUUCUCCGGCCAAGCAUCCGCGCGCAGCCCAACGGCGCACGCAGUCCACCCUCGCCCGGAAGGAGUAUGCCAAGCUGACCCCAGAAGAGCUCCAAAUCAUCGAGGUCCCGGGUCGCGGGGUCACUUCCUGGCGCCAUUACGGGAUACUGGUGAAAUUCCAACCCGGUACUGCCAAGGCAGUCGAGCAAACCAGUGGAUUCCCGGAUUACACCCCGAAUCUGUCCAAGCCUGAGGAGCGCGACGCCGUUCGGGCACGUUGGCUUCCGGGGCCGUUCAAGGAGCUGUGGAGUACCAAGCCCUGGGACGAGAUGUUCGACAACCGAUCCAAGUUCCUGGUCUGCCACGCGCCUCCAAAGGCCGGCACGAAGGCUCUGGUGCGCCUGGAUGAGAUCGUCACCUACAUGAGCGACCACCGCUGCACAUUCUGGCUGAUUGGUCACUGGUUCUCGAUCUACAACCAGUUGGACGCCUAUUCGGAGGAGUUCGCUGACACUCGGAAAUCCGAAUGUGACAGCAUCCGGGGUCACUACCAGAAAUUGCUGGACGCCGCGGUCGACGACGGUCUGGAGCAGUCGUACCUCGAGGAGCCCGGGGUCUGGACUUUCCCGGCCAAGUGCUGUUCCUGGAUCUGGAUGGCGCCCUCGCACAAGAAUGCCGAAGGCAAGCCGUACUCUCUGCAGGAGCAACUCGCGCUGACAGACCAGCAGGAGCCCGCUCGGGUGCAGUGGGACUCCUGCUCCUCGGACGAGGAGCGCAUCGCUCACGCGCCGGCCCAGCUGGACCUCCGACUCCUACCAGAGGCGGACCGCCACCGCUACCUGGUUCCCAAGAAGUUCCCGUAG